AUGGAGACGAAGACUACGCCACUCGCCAUCAUUGGGAUGGCCUGCCGGUUCUCUGGUGGCGCCUCAAGCCCAGAAAAACUCUGGCAGCUAUGUGUGGAUGGAAAAAGUGCUUGGAAAGCGAUUCCUCGGUCUCGAUUUUCACAGAAAGAACUGCAUCACCCAGAUAACCAGAAACAAGGAACGACAAACGUUGAAGGUGGUCACUUCUUGGAGGAAGAUAUAUCACUUUUUGAUGCAGCUUUCUUCAACUUCUCAUCGGAAGUGGCUAGUACUAUGGACCCGCAAUUCAGACUUCAACUGGAAACUGUGUAUGAAGCACUUGAAAGUGCUGGAAUUCCACUGGAGAAGAUUGCGGGCUCUCGCACUUCUGUCUACGCGGGCGCUUUCUUCCGCGACUAUCACGAUUGCUUGAUGCGUGAUCCAUCCACAUUGUCCCGUUUCUUCAUGACUGGGAACGGAUCAGCCAUGGCGUCAAAUCGAAUCUCCCACUUUUAUGAUCUGCGAGGACCGAGUAUGACUGUCGACACCGGUUGCUCAACGACCCUGACGACAUUGCAUCUAGCAUGUCAGAGUCUUCGUAAUGGAGAGUCGGACGUAUCUAUCGUUGCUGGAUCAAAUAUCUUACUGAACCCGGACAUGUUUGAGUCGAUGUCGAGCCUAGGAUUUCUGUCACCAUCCGGGAAGUCCUACGCGUUUGACCACCGUGCGUCGGGUUAUGGACGAGGUGAAGGAAUCGCUACCUUGAUCGUGAAGCCUCUGGACAGUGCACUGCGAGAUGGAGACCCCAUCCGAGCCGUCAUUAGAGAAACAGCCCUAAACCAAGAUGGGUGGACGCCGACUAUUACUUCACCUAGCCAAACAGCCCAACGAGAUCUAAUUCGAUCAUGCUACCAAAAGGCUGGUCUUGACCCCCUGGACACGAGCUAUGUAGAGGCACAUGGAACUGGAACGCCGGCUGGAGAUCCUGUGGAAGCAGCUGCACUUAGCUCCGCUCUUAAUCGAAAUCGACCGUCCGAGAAUCCUCUAUUUAUUGGCUCUGUGAAGGCAAACAUCGGCCAUACAGAAACGGCCAGUGGACUAGCGAGCAUCAUCAAAGUGGUCAUGGCGCUUGAAAAGGGCUACAUUCCGCCGAGUGCCAACUUCGAAAAGCCGAACAAGGACAUUAAUAUGAAUUCAUUAAACAUAGAGAUUCCAACUUCAGUGAGACCCUGGCCGCAAGAUCUUCGAAGGGCAUCUGUCAAUAACUUCGGGUACGGGGGCGCCAACGCGCAUGUUAUUCUUGAAUCGCCUGGGACCUUCUCAAACAUUACAACUCAGCCCGUCUACGAGAGCAAUGAGUUGGAAAACAGGCUUUUCGUCCUCAGCGCUAAGGAUGAAGUGGCUGUGUCAAGGAUGGCAUCUAUGAUGGGGAAGCACCUUCGCGGCCUCACUUUGGAGGAUGAGAGCGCGUACAUGCGCCAUCUAGCUUUCACUCUCGGGCGGCGUCGCUCAAAUCUCCCAUGGAAAGCGACAUACUUGGCAUCGACUAAGGACCAGUUAAUUGAAAGUCUAGAUCAUGGCCAGGUUGCUCCUCAGCAGGCAACUCAGCAACCCCGACUUGGCUUUGUAUUCACCGGACAAGGCGCACAGUGGUAUGCAAUGGGCCGGGAGCUUACCGACGCUUAUCCUGUAUUCAAGAACGCGCUCCUUGAAGCAGAUGAGCAUCUGAAGAGCUUUGGCGCGGAAUGGUCAAUUAUUGAGGAGCUCGGUCGCGAUGAGGCUACUAGCAAGGUUAACUCCGCAAUGAUGAGUCUUCCACUUUGUACCGCCCUACAGAUCGCUUUGGUGAAAUUGUUGCGUUCUUGGAAUAUUUUGCCGACAGGUGUCACUGGCCAUUCAAGUGGUGAAGUUGCUGCCGCUUUCACAGCCGGUGCGAUCGACGUGCGAUCUGCUAUGGCAAUUGUUUACAUGCGAGGGGCACUCACAACAAGCUUCCAGCAAAAGAUUGGGUCUGGCCGCGGAGGAAUGGUGGCAGUAGGUCUCGGAAAAGAAGCCACCGAGGCAUACAUUGCCAAUUUGGUGACUGGGCGUGUUGUUGUGGCCUGUGUCAACAGCCCCGACAGCGUGACCGUCUCUGGGGAUAUCGCAGAAAUCAAGGAGUUGGAAUCGCAACUUAAGGCGGAUGGGGUAUUCUAUCGCGUGCUGAAGGUCGAGGCUGCCUAUCACUCACACCACAUGCAGCCUUUCGCAGAUGAGUAUUUGGCGGUGCUACAGCAAAUUCUGACUCAUGGCCAAUUCGAUAGCGAGAUCAUAUAUUCAUCGCCGGUCACAGGUACCUGGGCUGGUGGGGAUGAAGUGAGCCGCGCAGAGCACUGGGUCCAGAAUAUGCUUCAGCCUGUUCUCUUCCUUGAUUCCCUGACCAAUCUGUGUCUGUCCAGUGAGUCGCAACAGCAAAUCGACGUGAUACUCGAGGUGGGCCCACACAGUGCCCUCGCAGGCCCAAUACGACAAACCAUGGGUCUCCCUGCGUUCGAAGGGAAGGGUGCUUCUUACUUUUCCUGUUUGUCGCGUGGCAAAAAUGCGGUGGAAACUAUGCAGACACUUGCCGCGAGUUUGUAUGGCCGAGGUUCCAGCGUUGAUCUGGGCGCUGUAAAUUUCCCCAUUUCGCAUAAUGACCUCAAGGUGCUUCCCAAUCUCCCGUCCUAUCCAUGGAAUCACGAACACUGCCAUUGGGCCGAGCCCCGUUUGAAUAGGGAACAUCGAUUGCGCAAGGAGAAGUACCACGACCUACUUGGUAGCCCGCUCACAGGAUGCAACACGUUCUCCCCAAAUUGGCGUCAUAUAAUCCGCCUCUCUGAUAUACCUUGGCUUCGAGACCAUAAGGUGCAGGGCAAUAUCAUUUACCCUGGUGCCGGAUACAUAUGCAUGGCCAUUGAAGCUCUAAGCCAGUUAACUCGAGGCGAUAGCAACACGAUACAAAGCGUCAGUCUAAAGGAUGUCGAGAUAUUAAGUGCAUUGAUCAUUCCAGAAAACGACACGGGUGUUGAGGUCCAUCUGGCAUUGCACGAAGGUUCGGGGAAAAUGCUCACUCGCCAGCCUUGGCAAACUUUCCACGUUUAUUCUUGCGACAGUACCGGGAAAUGGACAGAGCACUGCAAAGGACUUAUCGCCCGCGACCAAGAUAUGGAGCCCUCACUUGGGAGCAUCAGCAACAAUGACAACAUGUACCUUCGACGACUCAGCCCCAAUGAGCUUUAUCGUGUACUGCAAACAAAGGGUGUUUAUCAUGGCAACGCCUUCCAGAAUCUUUUGUCGAUUCAGUCCUGUCAAGGUCUCUCCAAGAGUGCAUUUCGAGUUGCCGAUACAGCAUUCUCGAUGCCAUGUGGUGUCGAGGAACCUCACAUUUUACACCCAACCACUCUUGAUUCGAUUUUCCAGGCUGUAUACAGCUCAUUGCCAAGCACUGCACUCAAAGAAGACGCGGCUAUGGUACCCCGGUCAUUCAAGCGAAUGGAUAUUCGAACCACAAUUUCGAGCACGCCUGGUCAUAUCUUCGAAGCACGAGCUGCCCUGCAUCGAGUCGACAAACAGGGCAUGAGAUCCUCCGUGAUAGUUUCUAACGGAGAUAGCCCAGAUCCAGUACUGACUGUGGAUGGCUUAUACUACCAAUCGCUCGGAAAGUCGGCACAGAUAGAUGGGGGAAAAGAUGAUGGCCAACACCAUUACACAAUGCAAUGGGCACCGGAUAUAUCUUUCCCGAUCCCUAGGACCCUCAAGACAGCUCUUCAAUUUGCUCCAGACUUCGAUGAAAUUGAGACCAUUCGAGGGAUUAGAGAAGCCUGCUUCUAUUUCAUGCAAUGCGCGCUAGCUGAUCUCCCGGAAGACAGAAUCCUGAAAUUUAACUGGCACCAACAGCGGCUACAUUCAUGGAUGAAGGUGCAAGUCAAAUUGGCCAACUUGGAUGGAUUUGGACCCACAAGUUCUGAAUGGUUUAUUCGAUCCUUGGCACACCAGCAGCGCGUGAUCAAUCAAGUUCGAACUUCCAGCGUUGACGGCGAGAUGGUUUGUCGAAUUGGUGAGAGUCUUUCAUUAAUCCUGAAAGGCGAGGUGGCUCCCCUCCAACUCAUGAUGGAGGAUGAUUUACUCUCCGAUUAUUAUGCACGAGCCGUCAGAUGGAAACGCUCUUACUAUCAGAUCCAACAAUUGACUCGUCUCUACUCCCACAAGAAUCCCCGAGGGAAAAUUUUGGAGAUCGGAGCUGGAACUGGUGGAUGCACGGAGGUUGUCCUUGAUGCACUCAAAGAAGAAGUCACCUCUGGCUCGCAUUACCGGUGUGCUACCUACGACUUUACUGAUAUAUCCUCGGGGUUCUUCGAGGCCGCCAGCGAGAGGUUUUCGGAGGUGCGGCAUUUGAUGGAAUUCAAGAAAUUGAACAUCGAAGAGGACCCGUCGGCACAAGGAUUCCAAAGCAACGGCUAUGAUCUUGUUAUUGCUAGUCAAGUCUUGCAUGCGACCAAAAAUAUCAGUCGCACACUGGAAAAUGCUAGAAAGCUGCUUCGUCCUGGCGGAAAGCUUCUUUUAGUGGAAAUCACACAAGAUGAGAUUGAUCUGCAGCUAAUAUUUGGAACUUUGCCUGGGUGGUGGCUAGGAGAGGAAGCCGAACGCCAGUCAAGUCCUUCACUUACCAUCCCUGAAUGGCGGACGGCAUUGAAGAGCACUGGGUUUGAUGGGAUUGACCUAGAGCUACAUGACUGCGAGGACGAAGAAUUCUACGUUUUCAGUGUUAUCAUGGCGAGUGCAGCCACCCCUGAGCCCGCCAGAUACCCAGCAAUCACCAUCGUAUACAAAGAGAUGCCACCAACCAAGUGGUUGAGCAAACUCAGCGAAUCUCUAGAAGAACUGACAACUUUUAAGCCAGAUAUCCAACGACUUGGUGACUUUGAUGCCGAGGGUAGAACAUGUUUGUUCUUGGGGAAAAUGCACGAGGCUCUCCUAGACGAACCAGAACCAUCAGAGUUUGAACUCAUAAAAUCGCUUCUCAUCCAGGCCGCUGGUGUUCUUUGGUUAUCACGCGGCAGUACAAUUCAUUGUGAAAGGCCACACAACAGUCUGCACACUGGCCUAUUACGCACCCUCCGAGCGGAAUACAGCAACAAAGUCUUAGCCUCCCUUGACUUCGACCCAAUUACUGCGAGAUGGUCGGCGAGUGUUAUCUCGAUAAUACUGGAUGUUGUUCAAAGACGAUUCUCUCUGGGACAAGGCUCAAGUCAUCUGGACAAUGAGUAUGCUGAGCGCGAUGGAAUAAUGUGUGUACCACGUGUUUUCGAGAUUGACGAUGAGAGCACAAAGUCUGCCCUUGGGGUCGACAGCCACGAGAAGAAAACACAGUUGUUCCAUCAAUCGACUCAGAAGUUGCGCCUUCAAGUCGGAACCGCUGGCCUUCUUGACACCUUGGGCUUCGAGGCCGAGCCUAUGCAAAUAAGCGAAGUUUCGCAGGACUUCGUGGAGAUUGAGCCCAAGGCAUUUGGCUUGAAUUUCCGAGAUGUCAUGGUUUCAAUGGGCCAACUGAGUGCGGAAAUCAUGGGUUUCGAAUGCAGUGGUGUUGUAACACAGGUAGGCUCAAUAGCGUCUGAAAAUGGAUUCAAGGCUGGAGACCGCGUAUGUGCUCUCAUGCGAGGUCACUGGGAAAAUCGCACACGCCUACAUUGGACCAGCGUGGCUACCAUCCCGGACAACAUGACUUUUGAAGUCGCUGCAUCUAUACCCAUGGCAUUUACAACAUCAUACUAUGCCCUCUAUGACACUGCGCGUCUUGAAUUCGGCGAGACUGUGUUAAUCCACGCAGCAGCAGGAGGAGUUGGUCAAGCUGCAAUUACCCUGGCCCAGAGGAUAGGGGCAGAGGUUUUUGUAACCGCUGGAUCGUCUGAGAAGCGGGAGUACCUCGCAAGUCAUUUUGGUAUUCCUGAAGAUCACAUUUUCUCCAGUCGCGAUACCGGUUUCGCAUCUCAAAUAAUGGAAAUGACCGGCGGGAAGGGUGUUGAUGUUGUCCUGAACUCCUUAGCCGGUGAGCUCCUUCAACGCACCUUCAACUGUGUCGCCCCUUUUGGGCGAUUUGUUGAAAUUGGGAAACGCGACUUGGAGCAAAACAAUCAGUUAGAGAUGAACGCUUUCACUCGUCAUAUAUCCUUUUCCAGCAUUGAUCUCAUCGCUCUUGGGGAGCACAAGGGUUCAACAGUAUCACGCAUCAUGAACGAUACCAUGCGUCUGAUCAAAGAGGAAAAUCUCCAACUCGUUCAGCCUAUUACCACCUACCCCAUCACCAGAAUUCAAGAAGCCUUCCGCAUGCUGCAAGCGGGCAGACAUAUUGGAAAAAUGAUUGUGAUCCCUGGCCCGGAAGAUCGAGUCAACGUUCUUUUGUCUGAGUGGUCCCUUCAUCUCAACUCUGAAUCAACCCAUCUUGUCAUUGGCGGAAUGGGUGGAGUUGGACGAUCGAUCUGCGAAUGGCUUGUCCAAAGAGGCGCCCGGAAUUUGAUCAUCAUGUCCAGGAAUGCAGAUCAGCAGGGACAACACAGUGUCUACCUGAAAUCACUCCGGGCAUUGGGGUGCAAGGUAGCUGUCACUAGCUGCGAUAUAUCGAACAAAAAUGAUCUCAAGCAUACUCUAGAGCGGUGCUUAGAAUCGAUGCCUCCUCUUCAAGGGGUCAUCCACAGCGGUAUGGUACUUCAGGAUACUGUCUUUGAAAAAAUGUCGAUUGCGGAAUAUACCAAGGCUGUACAGCCAAAAGUCCAGGGUACCUGGAACCUGCACCAAGUGCUAUCCGACGUCGAUCUCAAUUAUUUCAUAAUGUUAUCUUCCCUGAAUGGUAUCACAGGCAAUGUGAGUCAAGCAAACUAUUCCUCUGGGAAUAGCUUCCAAGAUGCAGUAGCCCGACAUCGCAGCGCACGCGGGCUACCAGCAGUUGCCAUUGAUCUCGGAAUGGUUCGUGGUGUGGGAUAUGUGGCGGAAACGGAAGGGGUGGCCGAUCGGCUGGAACGCAUGGGCUUCCGCGCCGUGGAUGAAGAAGAAGUCCUCCAUCUCAUCGAGGGUGCGAUCUUGAGCCCGAUUAGAUCUGUCACUGACUCACAAAUUCUCACCGGGUUCAAUCCUCACCAUCGAAUUGACGACACAAACUUGUUUUGGGCGAGGGACCCAAAACUGAGUGGCGUCUUGCGCGCCACAGGCAUCAAAUCGAAGGCGCGGUCAAACCGAGUUGAUGAUUUGAUGGAUCUCCGCGAAAGAUUACUCGAGUUGUCUACUGACUCCGAGCGGGCGACAGUGCUGGAGACUGGCAUCGUGCGCAAGCUGGCGGCAAUGUUUUUUGUCGAAGAAGAGAGCAUCCAAGCGGGCGAAUCUCUGGCCAAAUAUGGUGUUGAUUCACUGGUGGCCGUAGAACUACGUAACUGGCUCGGUAUCCAGUUGGCGAUAGAGGUAUCGAUUUUCGAUAUCAUGCAAAGUGCCUCUGUGAAGGAGUUGGCCAGCAGUCUGGUGACAAAAUGGGUCGCUGCCAGUUCAGCUUAA